UGUCCAUGCCCAGAGCCAGUUCUUCAAAUAAUUGUGAUGGCUAUAACACUGACGUUAUGAUUGAGGCGGAUGAUGAGCGUGAUCUGACUAGUUUAACAUGGCUGAUGGAGUUGCGAAAUCAAAGUUUCUGUUGGCCCAAUGUUAUGCAACUUGUUACUUCAGACGAUGACGUCAUUACCAAUUACACAUCUAAUUCUAAUAAGCAGCAGGAUUCUAAUAACAGUUCAUUUAUGGAACAUAAAAAUAAUUUCACCAACAUUUAUAACAACAUAGACAAGACUUUUGUGGCUAAGGGUUACAUGGUAAAGAGCUCGUGUAAUAAAAUUAUAACACAUGAGUGCGACAAGCAGCAAAAUGUUGGUAGCAAUAAUAAUGAAUGCACCAGCAAAAUCUCAAAACGAUCAUGGAUUGGCAAUAAUAAAUAUAUUGAGAAAACAUUUAAAAAGCCGACAAUAAACCUCAAAACCAAUCCGCAAAAGGUACAAAUGAAACGAGCUACACCAACCGAACGCUUUGAAAUGUUCCUGGAAAAAAUAAAAAGAGUCCUUGCAGAAUAUAAGAAAACAGCUUUGAAUUAUCAAACGGAUACUACGGUUAAACCGCCAUUCAACUACUCACACAUAAUUGGUAUGGUUAUGCUGGAGAAUGGAAGGGUGACAUUGCAGCAAAUUUGCUCAUGGAUAGAAAACAAAUUCGCUUUUUUUCGUGUUCGUAAAAAAUGGAAU